AUGUCUGACGCUUUAUUCUCUCAAGUUCAAGCUGGUGCCAACCUCAAGAAGGCUGAAACCGUCGACAAGUCUGGUCCAGUCAUUGACAAGGAUGUCCAUGUCAAGGAAAACAACCAUGGUGCCCUCCUCAAGGAACUCUCCACCGAUCACAAGCUCAACAAGGCUGAAACCGUCGACAAGUCUGGUCCAGUCAUUGAAAAGGAUGUCCAUGUCAAGGAAAACAACCGUGGUGCCCUCCUUGGUGAAAUCAAGGCCAAGGCUGCCAACUAA